AUGCUAGUCUUUAGCUUACUCAGCAAUGAGAUAGGUUUUGCUCUCGGGGACAUUGGCACUGCUGCUUCUUAUGCACCACCAUAUUUACCUACCAAGUGUCAUGGCAACAGACAAGACCAAUUCCCACCAGGGAACUUGUUUGUUUCUGUGAGUGAGGGUUUGUGGGAUAAUGGAGCUGCCUGUGGGAGGCGUUACAGGUUGAGGUGUCUAAGUGGAGAUAAUAGGCCAUGCAAGGAUGGAACUAUAGAUGUUAGGGUGGUGGAUUUAUGCAGAAAAUCACCAUGCCCCUCUACUAUUCUCUUGUCAACUGAUGCCUUCUCUGCUGUAUCACGUUCUCGAUCCGCAAGAAUCAAUGUUGAAUACAUCCAGUACGUAUCUCCUCCUCCUUCUGUACUUAAAAAGUAG